AUGCAGCAGCAUGUCUGGAGCUUGACCAGUCUGCAGAUGCACGGCAUCGAGAGCCUGGAUACGUAUGGAUUGGCACCCCUUCGACAGGAGACACAGUUUGGAUAUCUACAAAUACACACGGACGGUGCACUGACAUCGGCAUGGAAGCCAUCGAACGUGCGCACCUUUUGGCACGUACUGCCGCGACAUCAAGUGGCCAUUCUGACCAGCUCACCCUACGCGAAAGUAACAUACGACAACCUUUCUCACGCACCCAUACCCAAAGAUGCUAGGCACAUUCUCCAUCUGACCACGAGAUGGCUGCACCGAGUCCAUGCUCAUACGCCUGUGGUGAAAUGGUACGAUGCACGGAGGACAGAAAGCCUCCAGCAAAUGCAGGGCGUAACAUACAGCCGCGUCAUGGGGAUCCUGUAUUCGGCCCCACGCAACUACGCGGCCGAUUAUGAGCUCCGACUACACUGCUGUCGUUCGACAGAGCAGGAAUGCAUUAGCGUACGCAUCAGUCGCCAAUAUGAUCAAGUCAUAGUCCAGCAGCAUACGUACACUUUGCACUCGCAUCAGCAAGCCACAACCACCGUAUCCAUAUCCAAAGCACAGAGCAUGACAUCGGUGCCUUGUGUACGCUGGGCCGUUCACCAAGCGCUCGCAAUGCAUGCAAUGGCGGAUGCGUUGCGUGCACAAAUCACACCCAGAGCACAGUACACGGCAUCACCCGUUUCCCCACUUGACCAGCUCCGUCGAGCAGAAUUGCAUGCACGCGAGCGCACAUGGUACGAACGAUCCAACGCGCCAUGGCCGUUUUGA